CUUUUUACAAUAUCGCCACAAUAUACGAGUACAACUACAACAAGUAUAAUGGAAUUCAAAUGUUUAUAAAUAGUAUACAGAUACACAGAGCAUAAGAAUCAAAACUCCACGGAAUUGGUGGGAUAAGAGAGCUAAGCUAUAUACCUAUACCAUAGACACUCCCUGAGGGGGGACAACUUCUUGCAAGAACGUGAUAACAGACCCUGAGGCGUGUUCCAGCAACCUUCUGCAGGUAAACCUGGCUUCUAAUCGGAGUCGUCGAGUUGGUAUUUUCGUUCGCGUGCCGCGAUCAUUUCGUCGUCACGAUAUAUUUCGCGUUCGCGCUAUUUUUUUCUCAAUUUUUUUGCCUUAAAAUUUGAUAUACCUAUUUUGUGAAAUAAAAUGUGAUAAUCGAUUUUAUCGAAUUCGCGAGUGUUAGUGAACUUGUGGUGAAGUGAAGUGAUAUUUGAAUGGUUGUUUUAUUGGGGAAAAUUUCGGGUUUGUGAAUGCAAACGUAAAUUCAUCGAAGGAAAUUCGCAGAAAUAUGGAAUAACUCGACUCGAACCAUGGACGAAGAAACGAUCGUUGUAUUGGCUAUCCAAUUAUUCGCCUUAUCAUGCAUCGCAGCAGCCCUCGUCGUGUACCUGGUCUGCAAGGUGAAUCGUCGCAAACACACUUACGAUUCGGAAUUCCCUACCCUUAACGUGGGUACCGGACGUUCGGUGCUGAUCACCUGUUGCGAAACCAUCUUCGGCAUCCAGUUAGCUCUGCAUUUGACUUCGCUCGGAUUCAGAGUUUUUGCCGGAGUUAAGCCGGCUCAAGGGCAUGAAGAUCGGAAUGAAGAUGACGACGAUACCAAAUCGUCCGAAGCUGUUAAGAUCCUUAAGGCGAAAUUGAAACAAAGAGAAGCCCUGUCUACCGCUUUGAUCGGCGUUGAUGGAGAAGAAUAUGUUAUUCAGACGUCUAAUUUUGGAAGUUUAAUAACCGUACCGUUAGAUGUGACCAGGGAGGAUUCAUUACACGAGGCUAUGGAUAAUAUAAGAAGACAUCUACCUGCCGGCGAAGAUGGUUUAUGGGCCGUAAUUAACACCGCCGGAGUUUGCUUCAAAGGAAAACUCGAACAACAAGAUAGCUCACAAUGGGAGACUAUGUUCAAAGUUAAUGUAUUUGGAAUGUUACGCACUGCAAGAACAUUCAUGCCAUUAUUGAAGAAUAAGAAAGGUCGCCUAAUAACAAUCGGAAUCGGCAACGAGCAAAAAUUCGGCAAUACAGGAGCCGUAGUAUACAAUGCUGCAAGAUACGCAGUAGCUGGAGCAAGCUGUAUGCUCGAUCAAGAAAUGUCGGUGCACGGUGUCCGCGUAAUAACAAUACAUACAAAAUCAGUUCCAAGCGAGAAGUUAUUCGUGGUACCAAAAAUACCUAGAUCUGGCGAAGAUAAAAUACCCAGCGACCGGUACUUAAAAUUCAGCAUUAAUGUUGUGCCAAAUUACGCGUUGAAUGUCGUAGAAGAAGCUUUACUCGUCGCAAAUCCGCUCGAGGAUUAUUACAUAAGUAAACCAACCGGCUUUACGAAUUAUCUAUCGACUAUCACAGAGAAAUUGGAGAGUAUUCAUAAGAAAAAAUACAGCAUCGAGAGAACCGCGUAAAACUUGAUUACAAAAGUUAUUCUGUAGUAUUUAAGAAUAAAUUAUGUGCCAAUUUUAAACAUUUUUUAUUGUAUAAAAAUACGAAUUUAUUUGUAUAUAUUUUAUAGUAUUUAAAAAAACAUCAUUAUUUUUUCAUAAUCUGACAAUUGUGUAAAUAAAUUCAUUUUUAUGUAUAA